GUGAGUCGCGGCUGGGCCGCUGGAGCAGCAGCAACCGGCGGUUCUACAGCGUCGGAAUCAACGGCGGAUCCACUGAUUGCGCCGCUUCGGCCUCAGCCAUGUUCAAGAAACUCAAGCAGAAGAUUAACGAAGAGCAGUCACCGGCCAAAAGCGGGCAGAUAACACCAAGGUCCACUCCAUCAGCAGGAAAUAGGAUCUAUGACUCACCCUUGUCAGGCCAGUCUAAUGAAGACACCUUCACUCCAGGUGACAAGGAGCUGUUGGCCGAGAUGAUAACAGAGCCUGCUUUUCUCUCUGAGUACACUAUCUUUGCUCUGGAAAGCAUCAAGCGGCUUAAACCGCUGAAUAUCAAUGUGAAUGCACAAAAGACAGAUCAUCCGAGCUCUCCAAAGGGCAUAGAUAAUUUGAAUGGUGAUGGUUCAGCAGCUGUCCAGAAAACCGAGAUGCAGUCUUUUGCCCAGAAACUUCAACUUCGUGUUCCCUCCAUGGAGUCUUUAUUUCGAGCCUCUUCCAAAGAAUCACUUUUCUCAUCGCCUUCAAAAGACUCACUUGUACGAACUGCUUCAAGAGAGUCACUUAAUCGGUUUGAUUUAGAUGUUCAGUCUUCUGGUGCCAUCUUUGAUCCAUCAUCAGAUAUUGAAAGUGAGACAGAAGAUAAUGCAGGCACCUUUGAGAGCAUCAGUAAGGACAUAUCUUCCAACCAGUUUCGUCGGAUUGAGCGGAGUUUGGCCAAUUAUAGAUCGAAAUAUUCAGAGCUAGUUACUGCAUAUCGAACUUUACAGAGAGACAAAGAGAAAAUGCAGGUAGUUCUGAGUCAGGGUCAAGAUAAAGCCCUGCGUAGGAUUGGUGAAUUACGUGAGGAGCUACAGAUGAUUCAGCAGGCAAAGAAGCACAUUCAGGAUGAAUUUGAAGCAGCUCUGGAGGAGAAAGAUCAAUUUAUUGGUGUUCUGCAGACACAGGUUGCAUUACUGAAGCAAAGGACUGUACCUGGAGGGUCAAGUGUGGGCGUCCAUGAACCCACAGCUCAAGCCUCUGUGGAGGAAAGCACAGAAACAGCUCAGCAGAGUUCGAACACUGAAGAUAGUACAGAUGACCCAGAUGGGUUAGGAGAGGGAGCUGGCAAUGAUGCUAAUUCCAUAACAGUUCUUCAAAAACGUGUGAAGAGGCAAGAAAAUCUUCUACAGCGCUGCAAAGAGAUGAUUCAUGUCCAUAAGGAACGCUGUGCCCAGAUGACCAACGAAAAGGAAGCCCUUCAAGAGCAAUUAGAUGAGCGCUAUCAAGAGCUGGAGAAAAUAAAGGAUCUGCACACAGCUGAGAAGACGAAACUGAUUACUCAGCUUCGAGAUGCAAAGAAUUUAAUUGAACAAUUGGAGCAAGAUAAGGGAAUGGUGAUUGCAGAGACAAAACGACAGAUGCAUGAAACAUUGGAAAUGAAAGAAGAAGAAAUCUCUCAGCUUCGUGCAAGAAUUCAGCAGUUCAGUGGGCAGCGAGAAGACCUGCUGGAACAGAAAGAGAAAUCUGACAGAGCUGCAUUUGAAGAGCUUGAAAAAGCACUAGCUGCAGCUCAGAAAUCAGAAGACAAAUAUAGAAGGCUGAAGGAAGAAAUGGAAAAGCGUAUAUCAGCUGUAGAAGAAGCAGGUGAAGAAGAACGGAAGAACUUGCAACAGGAACUUAGACGAGUUAAGCAGGAAGCUGUAAAUAUAAUGAAAAAAUCUUCUGAAGAUCAUAUUGGAGAGUUGGAGAAAAAUCAUAUGGAAGCAUUGGCCUGCAAAGAGAGAGAGUUUGAGCAGCAACUUCUGGCUUCCAGGCAAGAAUUUCAGGAACAGCUGAAAACAGCUCUGGAUAAAUGUCAUGCUGAGUACAGAGAACAGCAACAAGAGAAAGAACAGCAAGCCUUGUUGGCAUUGGAAGAGCAAGAAUUGCAAAGAGAGGCUAUUCGGACACAAGCUGCAAAGCAAAUGCAGGAACUACAAGGAGAAUUGGAAACCUGCAAAACAAGAAUAUUGGAAUUGGAAAGUUUACUUGUACAAAAGUCACAAAACAGUGAAAUGAAAUCAGAAGAGCUUGAGGCAGAGAAGGCCAAGUACAAAGAAGAAAUGGAAGCUUUAAUGGAAAAACAGCAGAUUUCACUGAAAAGUAAAAGUCAGGAAGAGGAACAAAUAUGGUUGGAAAAAUUGCAUCAGGAGCAGGCUAAAGUGGUGGAGCUCGAAGAAAAAUGUGGAGAACUGGAAGUACAAUUGAAGGAGAAGGAAACCCAAUUCCAUGCACACAUUGAGGAAAUGAACCAAAGGACACUGGAGAAACUUGAUUUGAAACAAACUGAAUUGGAGAUGCUCUCAACUGAGAUGACAGAAAUACUUAAAGGACGGCAGGAGUUGGAAAAUAAAUUAUCUUCAGUUGAGGAAGACUUGGAGAAGCAACUAAAACAAAAAGAAAUAGACUAUAAUGAUAAGAUUGAAGCUACAAGAAAAGAUGGUGAACAAUCCAUAUGUGUAGUUGAGAAAAAUUUUACAGAAAAAUUAAACAGCCUCCACCAUCUUCUUGAGGAAAAAGACAAAAAUAUACAAGAGCUACAAACAGACAAAGAACAAUUGACAACAGAGCUUGAAAAAAUUCAAAGAGAACUUGAAAUUGUCAGUCAAGCCCAAAAGUGUGAGCAGGAAACUGCAAAAGAAAGGAUGACUUGUGAGCUAGGUGACCAGCGUCAACGGUAUGAAGCACAAUUAACAGAGAUACAGAACUUGUUGAGGAACAUGGAGACUGAGAAGUUGAAUCUUAACAAACAGUUAGAAGAGAAAGAAUUGUCAUAUCAAAUCAGACUUAAUGAGGUUACUGCUAAUUUAGAUAACUACAAAUUGCAGGCACAGGAAUUCAGGAGCUUUGAAGAAAAGAACCAUGAAUUGAUACAAAAAAUAGCUUCCUUAACCGAGCAAUAUGAAAGUAGAAUUACUCAGCUGGGAUUAGACAUUGUACAGAUGCAGGAAAGUUCAGAAGAAAAGCAAAGGGCACUCAAUCAGGCACUCAGUAAUGAAAAACAACAAGCGGAAGAGGUCAGUCAGCAACGGGCAGAUGAACAUAAACAGCAUGAGCACCAAGUUGCUUUACUUCAUGAGGAAUACGGGGAAAAAAUUAGAACACUUGAAACAAAAUUGGGAAAAAUGAAGGAAAGUAGAAAAGGAAUGCAAGAAAAGUUCAAGUUGCAACUUUCUGAACUGGAAAUAAAACUGAAAGCAGAGCUAAAGGAGAAGCAGGAAGAAUUGAUUGAAAAGGAACAGAUGUUCAAUGCAAAGAUGGUGGAAAUGGCACAAUCAAGUUCCACAGGAAUCAGUGAAACUGUGGCCCAGCUGGAAUCCAGUCAGAAACAACAACUGGAGAGUCUAAAUGAAAUUCACAAAAAAGAGGUUGCAGAGCUGAAUGAGAGUUGGGUGAAUAGACUGGAUCGGCAUAUGGAAGAACUAAAAGAAAAGCAUGAGGUUGAGCUUCAGGAAAAGGAGCAAGAAUUUACAGAAAUGAAACUUUGUCUAAAAGCCUCCAAUGAUGAUAAGGAUAAACUAUCCAGGAAAGUAGAAGAGCUUACAGAAGAGAUUGCUUCAACAGGAAAUAAAAUGCAACAGCUCCAAGGGGAGCUUAAAGAAGCAUCUUCUCAGGUCUCUGCUUUGAUAGAAAGUGAAAUAAUCCUUAAAACUAAAUUAGAGACCCUUGAAGAGAAUACCAGCCAGAAUUUACGGGAAAGAACGGAGCUAGAAAAUGCAUUAAGUGAGCUUAAAAAAACACAUGAACAAAGCCAGAGGAAGAUUCAUGAGCAAAACUGCUUGUUGAAAGAAGCAGAGGAUAAACUGCAGCUGUUAGAAAACCUGCGUUGUAAGGAACAUGAAAAAGCACUUCAAGAAAAUUCUGUUGAACUUCAGAAUGAAUUUGGGAACCAAAUCAAGCAAUUAAUAAACUGUUUCAAUGAAACAGGUGGGAAAAUAGACCUACAAACCGAUAAGUUCUCUUUGUUCUGUUUUGAUAAGAUCAGCAACUUAAAUGAGCGGAUUACAGUUUACCAAAAUCAAAUUGAGAAGGUAAAGAAGGCACUUGAGAGAAAGAUCUGCCAAAAUGAUGAUUUAGAAACCCGUAUUCAAGAGUUAGUAAAUCAAAAUGUCUUAUUAAAUAAUUCAGUGCAGCAUAUCACACAACAACUGCAAAAUAAAGAGCAAAACUUUCAGGAGUUGCAGUCUGAAUUGCAAAGCAUCAAUGCAGAGUGUGACACACUCCAACAAGAUAGCAAGUUCAGUAAUCAGGUUUUAGAAGAGAAGGAGGCAAUAAUUGAGCACUAUAAAACAGAACUGGCAGAAAAUGCAAAUACUUGUAUAUCGAUCACUGAACAGCUGAAGAAAAAAGAAUCAAUCAUCUUAAGUUUAGAGAAAGAUGUACAGAAUUUAAAGUUGCAGCUUGAGCAUAGUGUUUGUCUUGCAAAUAAAGAAGAAGCUCUGUCCUUGCUUAACAAACAACAUGAAGUGGAACAGCAGAAGCUGCUGGAUCAAAUAAGUCAACUGUCUGAAAGAGUUGAAGCUAUUUCUCAAGAAAAAAUAUCAGCUCUUGGCCAGGUAGAUCAAUAUAAGAACAAGUUAACAGAAUGGAAGAAAAAGACAGAAUCUAAAUUUGCACAGCAUAACAACAAAAUGAAAGAGCUUGAGUUAAAAUUUGAGAUGUCUGUUAAAGAGAAUGAAGAGAAGGAUGGUAAAUUGUUAUCAUUGACAGCAGAGAUAGAGAAACUGUCUAACAAUUUAGAAAAUCUUAAUAUUGAAAUGGAACAUGCAGAAAAUGAAAAAGAGAAAUUAGUUGAUGAUCUGAAGGCUCAGUUGCAAGUAACUAAAUCUAGAAUAAUCGAAAUGGAAGAAGAUAUUGCUAUGAAGUCUCAGCAAUCUGAAAUCGCAGAAGUCACCAAGCAAUUGCAACAGAAGGAAAUGGAAUUGCAGGAGAUGAGGCAACAGCUGGAGCAGGCUCAGGCUGGAGCUUCUGAACAGUGUGUCAAGUUCAAGGAUGCUAAAGAAAAAAAUGAAAGAUUUGAGAAAGAGAUACAGUCACUGAGGGUUGAGUUUUCAGGAAAACAGACUGAAUGGGAGCAAUCCAAAUUGGAUCUUAAAAAUAAGAAGGAUGAGGAAUUGAGGGAUUUAGAAACUAAGCUGAAAACAGAGAGUGCUGCCAAAAUAGCUGAAUUUAAGAAAAAGGCAGAGCAGAAAAUUGCAAAAAUCAGGAAACAGUUAAUAAACCAAAUGGAAGAGAAAGAAAAAUGCAUGGAUGAACAGUUAAGAGACUUGAAACAAAAAGCAGAGAUGCAAGAUGCAACAAAUGGGGUCUUGGAAGAAAAAGUGAAAACUUUAGAAGCUACAGUAGUUUCAGAAAAAGAAGGAAAGCAAAAGUUGGUUGAUGAAGUGAAAAAAGAAAUGCAACUUGAGAAGGAGAACUCUCUGAAAGUAUUGAGAGCAAGCUAUGAGGAAAAAAUAACGGCUCUGCAGACAGAGUUAUCAGCACGUAAUGAGAUGAUGCAAAAAUAUGAAGAAGUCAGUGUUAAAACUGAUGACUCUGAAGAAGUCACUAAGUCUCAUGUGAAUAUUCAAGAGCAUUUAGAAAUUGUUGAAGUGGAGGGGGGGAUGAAAACAGAACAGCUUCAGCCAGAAAUUGAACAGCAGAAACAUAUGUAUGACUCAUUGUCUGAGAAACAACAAGAGAAAACUGAUAAAUUAAAUAAUUUAAUGCUACAGUUGAGCAUAAAAGAUAAACAGAUAAUUGAGAUGGAAAAGAGAAUUGCAGAGUUAGAAACGGGGAAGGAAGUUACUGAAAAACAUAUGAUAGAAUUGGAAGAUGGUCUCACCUUAAAGGAGGACAAUGGGGAUAAGGCAAGAUUAGAGGGAACUUCUUUAAUUGAGGGCUAUAGAAAAGAGAUAAAGACUCUGCAAGAGCAGUUGCAGGAAAAAAAUUCUCUGCUUAAGAUCUUUGAGGAAGGUUCUGAAGAGAAGUCAAAAUCUGACUUGGAGCUACUUAAGGUGUUGGAUGACUUGCGAGCACAGCAAACUGAAAUGGGUCGCAAACUGGAAGAGGCAGAAAAUGAAAAACAGAAGUUGCGUAAAGAACACACUAGACUACAGAAAGAUCUACGUGUCUUGCGGAAAGAACAUGAAGCUGAAAUAGAAAUAAUUAGAAAGGAAAUAAAUGACGAAGCUGAAAAAACCUCCAAGCUCGAAUUGGAGGAUUUGCAGCUGAAACACAACUCAACUCUCAAACAGUUAAUGCGAGAAUUUAACACACAAUUAGCACAGAAAGAGCAGGAGCUUGAUAUAUCAGUCAAAGAGGCCAUAAGCAAAGCCCAGGAAGUUGAGGCUGAACUCCUGGAAACUCACAAGGAGGACAUAAACCAGCUCUAUCGAAAGAUCGCUGACAAGGAUGAUUAUCUACAAAGGACAGUAAAAAGAUAUGAAGAAAUUUUACAAACCCGGGAAGAAGAAAUGACAGUGAAGGUGAAUGAUCUACAAUUGCAACUGGAAGAGUUACAAGCCAAACAUAAGCUGUGUAAAGAGGGAAAUUGGAAUACUGAAGAGGGACAUCUUCACACAGUAACAGAAUUGAAGGCACAAUUAGCACAAAAGACCACACUUCUCAGUGAUGCCAAACUCCAGGAACAGGAAUUUAGAGAGCAGAUUCAUUCACUUGAAGAUCAGCUUGGAGUCCAUGAGAAAAGUUCUUGUAUGUCACCUUUUCGGAUAUCAGAUAGAGAUAGAAAUUAUGCUGAUGAUGGUUCUGUGAUAACUGAGCCAACAGAGAUCGAAUAUCUUAAGAAGGUCCUCUACGAAUACAUGAUGGGAAAAGAAACUAAGACUUUGGCGAAAGUAAUAACUACUGUCCUGAAGUUUCCAUCAGAUCAGACACAGAAGAUACUAGAACGAGAAGAAUCUCGAUCCUCUUAUUCUUCACCUCGCACUGGCAUCUUCUGAGAGUUGGCUAUUGAUGCAUUCAUUUCAUGGACUUCUUGGCUCCGUUAACUAAGGAAGUCACCUAAGUGGAACUGUUCAGGGAUCAUGCUUCUGGGAAGUUAUUUAUCUGGUUGCACAUGGGAAGAAUAUGGUACUGUUAUCAGGAUAAUGUUUUCAUGGCCUUCUACUGUGAUUUGUACAAAACCUAAAAUGCAAAAAAGCUCUCAAUCUUAUUCUGAUGUUAAUUCAAGCAGAUUUUUUAUUAAAUGGCACUAGGAUAAAUUGUGCAAUAAAAUUAAUGGAACUUGAGCUGUUAAUGUUUGACUGGAAUGCUCUCUGUACAACUGAUUUAUUUUUGCAGGGUCUCAUCCUUGGAGCUUCAGCCUUUAAAGGUACUAAAUAGCUGUACCUAGUUUGUUUAUUAUAGCUUUUGUACUUGUAUUUUCGAAAGACACUACUGUAAAUUGUAAAUACAUGAUUCAUAUCUCAGCUAAGGAAGAGGAUAACUUGUAACAGACUUGGA